UAGAGGUUAUGUUGAUUAGGAUGUUUUAAGUUGACUUUACCUGAGAAAAUAUAAUAAUAAUAAUAAAAAUGAAUCGAAAAUCAAAUAGUGUAGAACUUUUAGAAACAGAGAGCAACACGUUACAAAAAACUCUUCCGCCUGAGAAUUUUAGAACCGAUUCUAAAAGUAAUAUACUAAACAAACAGGACUCAACAGCCUGGGGCAAAACAUCACCUAGUAAAAGCUACGGAUCGUCAAGUUCUACCUCCACAGAAAAUGUAGUGUCAACUUUAGAACGAAAAAAGGUCACAACUGAUACCCUUAUCCCUACUCGUCCUGAUGACCCUCCACUAUUACCAGGAGAAAAGGUAACUGGCCAAGCAAGAGAUGUUACCUACUUAUGUCCUUAUCAUGGACCAGCUAGGGGUAUCCUCACAGUUACGAACUAUAAGCUGUAUUUUAGGUCAGGCGAAAAAGAUAUGCCCAAUAUUAUUGAAGUUGCCUUAGGAGUAGUAACAAGAAUAGAAAAAGUAGGUGGAGCGUCUUCUAGAGGAGAAAAUGCAUACGGCAUAGAAAUUUUUUGUAAAGAUAUGCGUAACUUGCGUUUUGCGCAUAAGCAAGAAAAUCAUUCAAGGAGGAAUGUUUUUGAGAAGUUACAAAUGUAUGCUUUUCCGUUGUCACACAAACUCAAUUUAUUUGCAUUUGAAUAUUCAGAAACUCUUUCAGAUAAUGGCUGGACAGUGUAUGAACCAAUAGCAGAAUUAAAGAGAAUGGGCGUAAAUAAUGAUAUGUGGAAAAUAUCAAAAAUUAACGAAAAUUACGACAUCUGUGAUAGUUAUCCAGCAGUAUGGGCCAUUCCGUAUCAAGUUACAGAUGACGAUAUUAAAUGCGUAGCAAAUUUUAGAAGUAGAGGUAGAAUUCCAGUACUUAGUUGGAUCCAUCCUGAAUCACAGGCCACCAUAACUAGGUGUUCUCAGCCACUAGUUGGGGUCAGUGGUAAGCGUUGUAAGGAAGAUGAAAAAUAUGUUCAGUUGAUAAUGGAUGCUAAUGCACAAUCGCAUAAGCUAUUUAUUAUGGAUGCUCGUCCGAGUGCUAAUGCUAUAGCAAACAAAGCAAAAGGAGGAGGAUAUGAAUCAGAAGACGCAUACCAAAACGCAGAAUUAGUAUUUUUAGACAUCCACAACAUUCACGUAAUGAGGGAAUCUUUGCGGAAACUUAAAGAACUAGUAUAUCCCAAUAUAGAUGAAGUUAAAUGGUUAUCGGGACUAGAAUCAACUUAUUGGUUGAAACACAUCAAAUGUAUAUUAGCCGGAGCAUUGCGUAUAGUAGAUAAGGUAGAGAGCCACAAAACGUCAGUCUUAGUUCAUUGUUCCGACGGUUGGGACCGAACCGCCCAGUUGACUGCCCUUGCGAUGUUAUUGCUAGAUCCGUUCUACAGAACAAUCAAAGGAUUUGAAAUAUUAAUCGAAAAGGAAUGGAUGUCGUUUGGCCACAAGUUCCAACAGAGAGUAGGCCAUGGAGAUGACCACCACUCAGACGCUGACCGUUCCCCCAUCUUUUUGCAAUUCAUAGACUGCGUGUGGCAAGUAACGCAACAGUUUCCAAACGCUUUUGAAUUCAACGAAUCUUUCCUUAUAACUAUCUUGGACCAUUUAUAUUCAUGUAGAUUCGGCACAUUUUUAUUUAAUAGCGAAAGAGAAAGAGUUGUAGAGAAAGUUAAAGAACAUACCAUAUCACUGUGGUCUUACACCAACAGCCAUUUGAAUCUGUACAGAAACCCACUUUAUUGGGCGAAUCCUUUGCAGCAAGUUGUUUUGGUACCUAUAGCUAGUAUUAGACACAUUAGGUUAUGGAAGACUUAUUAUUGUAGAUGGAAUCCCAGUAUGAGGACGCAGGAUCCAGUUUAUCAAAGGAUACGAGAAUUACUUCUGCUGAAGGAGCAGCUGGAGCGCACCGUCGAGGAUUACCGCAAAGAACAACAAGCCCGAGUCCAGAGAAGCAGCGCUUCGCCCACUUGAUCCAUAAUUGUCGAGACUUAUGUCUAAACGAGUCUGAUGUAGAUAAGCCUAAAUAAUUCCACUUUAAGAUUAAACGCCUGGUCACUCCGGCCGUUUAUUACUCUUUAAGAGAACCACUUUGCAUUUAUUAAUGUAGGGAAUCAUUUGUAAAAGGUUUUAUAGCAGAUUUGUUCGGGAAGUUGAUCACUGGAGUGGUCGCCAAUAUUUAGUAUUUGUCCAGUUUGCGCACGUUUAUUUCAUGGCAUAUCGGAAAUAUGUAAUGUGCUAAUGUAAAUGAUAUUUUGGGAUACUAUUUUGUAUGUAUAUGUAUGAUAUAGGUAUAUCGGUAUUUCCCAAACUAUUCGUAGGUUUCUAGAUGCUUCAAAAAUCACUAAUUCAUCUCCAGAUACUUUCAAAACCAACCUUAGGUGUGUAGGUAUUUCCCAAACUAUUCGUAGGUGUCUAGAUACUUCACAAACCAAUAAAUUCACCUCCAGGUACAUUCUAAACUAGCCAUAGGCCUGUAGGUACUUCCUAAACUCUUCGUACCUCUCUAAAUAGUUCUCCAAAUAUAUGUGUAUGCCUGUAGGUACUCUUAAAACCACUCUUAUGUCUGCCCAAAUCACCCAUGUAUUGCUAGACUUUCCUUAAUUCAUUGUAACUUCUGUAGAUACUUCCUAAACUACUUAAACGUAUCUAGGUGUUUUGCAACUAAAUCAUUUAUCUCUUAAGUACUUUUAAAAUCCAUUGUAGGUCUUCAAAUAAUUCCCAAAACAUAUCUAUGUCACUAGGUACUCUUAAAUCUAGUCAAUCUAAUGUAUACUUAAACCUUAGUUAGAUAUUUUUAAAAUCAUUCAUGCAUGUCUAGGUACUUCCCAAGCCUGUUUUUUGCCUCUAGGUACUUCUCAAGUCAUGUACAUAUAUGCCUCUAAAAACCAUGCGUAUUUAGAUACUUAGCAAACAGUGUAUUAUGUUUCUAUAUAUUCUUAAAUUCACUCUAACGUAUGUAGGUACCACUCGUACGUCUCUAAUACUUAUCACAUUAUGGAAAACCUACUCUAAUGGCUGCUAAAUCACCCAUACAUUUAUAGACACUCUUAAAAUUAUUUAAUGUCAAUUAUUCGUUACUAAAUUCUUUCACAAUCAGUCCAGGCAUGUUUAGGUGCUUCCCAAAUCAUGUAUACGUUUCUAUAUACUCUUAAAAUCACUAUAUCGUCUGCAGGCACUUCCAAAACAUGUCGUGUGUCUCUAGAUACUUCUCGAAUCAUGUAUAUGUCUCUUAGAAUCGCUCUAAUGUCUGUAGGUACUUGCUAAACCUCUUGUAUGUUUAUCUAGAUUCUUAUCUGAUCUUGCCUAGAUUCCCCGAUACUAGUACACUUUAGAAGACCAAAAAUAAUCAUUUUUUAAGAAUUUUUUUCUCGGAACCUUUAUUAGAAAUGAACAUAAAACUUUUUACAUAUUAAUAUCUAACUCUUAAAGUACAAAAAAUAUAUCUUUUUUCAUUUAUGCACGUACACUAAUAUUGUAGAGGGCGCAAAAGUCGAGGCCUCGAAAAAUGACAGUUAAACUCAGGAUUGGGAUAUCUGAAACAAAAAAGUCGCACUGCAUUUGAAAAAGGUUUCUUACGUGACAAUUUACCACAGUUUGACCAAAAAAUAAAAAAUAAAUAUUUUUUAACCAUAAAAAAAACUGAAGAAAAACGGCCGAUUUUUUCACAAAAAUAUUUCAAAUUUCCGUAAAAUGUUUUAUUCGCGGAAUUUUUCACUAAUGGUGGUAAAUUGUCACGUAAGAAACCUUCCUUUUUCAAAUGCCGUACGAUUUCUUUGUUUCAGAGAUCCCAAUCCUGAGCUUAACUGUCCGCCAUCGGAACUACUUUAUUUCGAGGCCUCCACUUUGGCGCCCUCUACAAUAUUAGUGUACGUGCGUUGAAAUGAAAAAAGAUAUAUUUUUUGUAUUCUCUAAGCCAAGCCGCACACCAAAGAAACAUGAAACGAAAAACAUGAAACGAAAAACAUGUUUCAUGAAACUAAAACACUGCUAAACAAAUCUCAAAGUCCGCCUACCAAUGAAACGAGUGUGAUUCAUGCUCAUGACACAUUUUUAUUUUCGGAGAGUCUCAUAAAUGGCCGGACGUAUAUUUGUUUAGCAGUGGUUUAUUUCCAUGAAACGUAAUUUACGUUUCAUGUUUCUUUGAUGUGUGGCCUGCCUAAGAGUUAGAUAUUAAUGUGUAAAAAGUAUUAUGUUGAUUUCUAAUAAAGGUUCUGAGAAAAAAAUCUUGAAAAAAUGCUUAUUUUUGGUCUUCUAAAGUGCACUAGUACCUUACUACUCUAAAUAAUUUCCAAAUCACUUAGUCGUCCACGAUACUUAAAAAUAAUCCAUGCUUCUCUAGAUACGUCCCAAAGCAUGUAUUAUGUAUUCUUUAAAUAACUUUAACGUAUGUAGGUACUACUCAAACUACUCGUAGGUCUCUAGAUAGUUCCCAAAUGAUGUAAAAACCAGUCUAGUGUCUGUUAAACUACCCAUACAUCUCUAGACACUCUUAAAAUCACUUCAACAUCAAUCAUUCGUCGCUAGAUACUUUCAGAAUCAAUCCGACCAUGUCUAGGUACUUCCGAAAUUAUGCAUACGUUUCUAAAUAUGUACUCUUAAAAUCACUAUCGUCUCCAGGUACUUUCAAAAACCCUUGUACGUCUCUAGAUACUUCCAGAAUGAAUUAUCCAUCCUCAGAUACUUCAACAUUAGCCAUAUCCUCUCUAGGUACUUCCCAAAUUAGAUAUGUGUUUCUUUUGGCUCUUAAAAUCACUUUAACAUCUAAAGGUAUUUUCUAAACGACCUGUGCGUCUUUAGAUACUUCCCAAAUCAUGCAAAAAUCACUCUAAUAUCUGGCCAAACUGCUUGUACGUCUCUAAGUAGUUCCCAAAUCAAUCAUUGGUCUCUAGAUACUUUCAAAAUCAUCCACGAAUGUCUAUGUGUACGUGUAAAUAUAUAAUUAAAAGUACUUUAACCCUUAGUCUCCCACCAAGUUUAGAUUUUUUUGACAGUUACUUAACGACGGUACUUUUAAGUCCGCCUUAUUUUUUCGAACAUAACAUUUUAAAAUAAGCUAAAAGCGUUGUUUCCUCAACAAUCCUUUGGAGUACCUACAAAUCUUAUUGUGUAUUUAACACGAAAUCGUUUGAAUAACAUUUGAAGUAUUAAACAUCAGCUGAUAACUAAUAAAUGAUAUUGAACAGAACAUUUUUCAGUGAGAUCUAUUUCAAUACUUGGGAUAUAAGGGUACCAGAAUUUGGUGGUACUUAAAAGUACCGUGGGGAGACUAAGGGUUAACGCCAGUAGGGACUUCCCAAACUACUAAUAUGUCUUUAGAUAUUUUAAAAAUGACUUACUGAUCUUUAGGUACUUUCGAAAUGAGCCUUACUGAAUUAUGUGUAUGUCACUGACCUUUUACGAAACUUCCCAACAGUUAAAAUCGAACAAAAGUGUAUUAUUUUAUUAUUUUAACCAGUUCUGACACAUGUUAGUUUUAAGUAGCUCCGAAUAUAGUGUAAGAGACUGCUAAUAAUAAAAUUAAGCUGAUAACGGCUUGAAAUGCAUCCAGGAAACCAAAUAGCAUUAACGUACAAAUGUGAAGUAAGAAUUGUCUGAAAUAGCGCUGUUUCACAUUAUAAAAAUUUAAACGUGCGAGGGUUAGAACUAGUGUUGCCAGGUCCGAUUUGUUUUUAAGCGGUACAUAUGCAAAAACAAAUCGGGAUUUAGGGUUGUAGAUCGGGACAAAUAAACAACAAUAGCCCAGUAAAUGACCGUUCUGGAGUGUAAUUUUCAUAGUCUCCUUCGAAUUGCAUGAAAAUCUAAUUUUAGGUUCUAUUUACUGUCUACUUCAAAGUUGAACUUGUAUCAUUGUUUGCUUUUACUUGGGGGGUGACAGUUACAGUUAACCCGUCUCGGGGGUAAAAAACCGCGCGUUUAAAGUAAAUUCCAAAAUGAAUCAACUGACUAACUAUAAAAAACAAGUCGAUACUUUUCAAGUAAUUGUAUCGAAAAAAAAUAUUCUUAGCAAAAAUGUAGCUUUUAAAAAAGCAAAAAAAAAUUGAUUUU